UAGCAUCUCUGGACCUCGAAUCUCUCCCUCUGCCCGGAGCACUUUUCCUGAUAUUUUGUCCUCAUGUGCCACCAGCUUGCCAGGUAAAUUCUGGUGUCACUAGGACCACAAAGAGCGUGGGGUUUCUGAAGCUUUCACCUGAGGACUCUAUGAGAUCAUGUUACAGGACCACGAUUUAGUGAGAAAGCCAAAUUAUACAUGGGGAGAAAAUAAAUUUUCCAAAUGCCGCUUUCCUGACAUUGCAAAGACAACAGUACCCAAGGAGGCUGCCAACCCAGCUCUGUCCCUGCCACCCCAGUACCAAAGGAGCACUCUCCGGCAUGGGGUGCAUAGCAGAGUGCCCUUCCCAGACUGUACCUCAGGGGACACCCCCAGUGGGAAGCAGCUGAGGCGGAACUGCAUCAUCUAUCGGCCCUGGUUCUCCCCAUACAGCUACUUCGUGUUCCUGGACAAAGAGAGCCACCUGGAAGCCUGCAGCCUCCCAGAGGCAGAACAGGAUGAGUGCAGAGGGGACAGCAGCCUUCUUGAAGACAUGGCUGAGAGUAUCUGCUCUUCCUCUUCCUCCGCAGAGAACACAUGCCCUCUGGAAGCCACCAGAAAAAACAGGCAUGGGUUGGACGCUGUGGAUUACGUCACAUCCCAGGACAUCCUAAUGGCCUCCAAGUGGUACCCAGCCCAGCAGAAUGGCUACAAAUGUGCAGCCUGCUGCCGCAUGUACCCCACCCUGCACUCCCUUAAAGGUCACAUUAGGUGGGGGUUCAAGGAGGGUUUCAGCUGCAGGGUAUACUACCGCAAGCUCAAAGCCCUCUGGGGCAAGGAACAGAAAUCCUGGCCCGGGGAUAGGCUCUCCUUAGGCCGCUUCCAGGUCUUCCAGUAGUCCCCUCAGGUGAACAGGGGAUGAAGCCUAUUGAUGUCUCCAGAGAGAUGCCAAUAAAUC